UGAGAUGCGCAUGCGCAUUUACCAUCGAAAGCAGAUUCUGCUUUGUUGUGAGCGUCGAUGCUGUGACUUUCAGCGAAGUCAGCUGCUAUUUUGCAACGUAUUGCCAGGAUUUUUUUUAUAUAGCACUCACUAGACAUUAAAUGUUGUCAACUUGUUUUAAGCUCAGUUUGUCGUCUUUUCGCCGGGUGGAAGUCUCAGGCGACAGAAGUCUGGACCUCCUGUAUAUAAACAAAACGCAGAAAGCUGCUUCUUAAGGUGGCACGUCAAAGACAGCUGUAAAGGGACUACAGUCGUCGGCUUCCAGUUUGUCAAGUUAGCUAACUUCGUGCUAGUGGCUUUGCCAGUGAUGGAAAUAAACGUACAGCUCUGCUAGGAGUUAAACUCCAACAGGGAACCGUGCGAACAUGAGAGAAGAGGACAAUUUGCUGGUAGGAAGCCAGUCCAUGGCAAGUGAAAGAGGGGGUGAACGUUCCUGCAGCAGCCCCCACUUGACUGAGGAGAAAAGACUAUCCAACGAGAAGGGUGACCUGAGGCCCACUUGUUAUUGGUCCAGGUCUUAGUUGGAGAAAUUCGGACUUUCGAUAUGGAGACGGUGGGGAAAUUUGAGUUCAGUCGGAAGGACCUGAUAGGACAUGGCGCAUUUGCUGUCGUUUUCAAAGGCAGACACCAAGAGAAACUCGACUGGGAGGUGGCAGUAAAAUGCAUAAACAAGAAGAACUUGGCCAAAUCUCAGACGCUGCUGGGGAAGGAGAUCAAAAUAUUGAAGGAACUGAAACAUGAGAACAUUGUUGCAUUACUGGACUUUCAGGAAACUGCCAGCUCAGUGUACCUGGUAAUGGAGUAUUGCAAUGGCGGAGAUCUUGCUGACUACUUGCACUCCAAAGGCACACUGAGCGAGGACACUAUUCGGGUUUUCCUGCAACAAAUUGCAGGGGCCAUGAAAGUCCUGCAGACCAAAGGAAUAAUCCAUCGGGACCUCAAACCGCAGAACAUUCUGCUCUCCUACCCACCGGGCCGAAAGUCUCACUCCAACAACACCUGCAUCAAGAUCGCGGACUUUGGCUUUGCCAGAUACCUUCAGAACAACAUGAUGGCAGCUACACUUUGUGGCUCUCCCAUGUACAUGGCUCCUGAAGUUAUUAUGUCCCAGAACUAUGAUGCCAAGGCUGACUUGUGGAGUAUAGGAACCAUCGUAUUUCAGUGUCUGACUGGUAAAGCUCCUUUUCAGGCCAGCAGUCCCCAGGACCUUCGGCUGUUCUAUGAGAAAAACAAGAAUCUGAGUCCCAACAUCCCCAGAGAGACUUCUAGCCAUCUGAGGAACUUGCUGCUCGGUCUGCUGCAACGCAACCAUAAGGAUCGUAUGGACUUUGAUGAGUUUUUUACCCAUCCUUUCUUGGAUGCAAGCUCAUCCAUUAAAAAGUCCAUCCCUACAGUGACCAUGACCUGUUUGCCCAGUUCAGCAUCAGCCAGCUCUUGUAGCAGCUCCUCCACUUCUCACCUUGCCUCGCCACCGCAGUCUUUAGCUGAGACUCAACAUGUGCGUGCCAAAGUUCUGGCCUCUCCAACACAAGAGGCUGCAGGUUUUCUCCUGAAGGACUCGUCUGGAGCAGGCGCCAGCAGCAGCAAGAACUCCUCCUCUUGUGAUACAGAUGAUUUUGUCAUGGUGCCUGCUCAUUUUACAACGGGUGAACUGACUUGUGAGAGUAAAGUGCUGCAGGACAGUUUGAUGAACAGUGGCUCUCUUUUGGCUUCAGCUGGUCUGUGUAACCAAGCAAAAACACCACCACACUCUCCUUCUUUCAGUGGCUCUCCAAGUCCUGUCAGGCCCACUGAGUUCCCUGGCAGUAAUUACUGUGGUAGCUGUGGAAACCAUGUUCACUCAUUGCCUAUCCCAGUCCCCACUCAGGUCCAGAACUACCACCGCAUGGAGCUGAACCUUCAAUCUACCAAGCAGGAUGGCUCACCACGGUUGUCGACAGCGGUACAUCGCGGCAGCAGUGGGAGCCUUGUAGGCCAUGCUAGAGCAGGACCUUUGGCCCCAUGGCAGGGAGCGGUCCCCUCCUCCCGUAGGCUUUCAUUGGGAGGGACCAGAACAUUCCAGAUUUCUCCUCAAGGCCCGCAGCACAUUGAGUCGAGGCAGACGUCUCAGCAGCAGCCACAGGCAUCAGGGCUGGGCACACGGCUCCACAGUGCCCCCUGUCUGUUGGAUUGCGCGACUGGCAGCAGCAGACAGAAAAUCAAGAAGCAGCAUUCAGACCCCGUCGCCGUCCCUCCAACCGGACUGAUGACCGUCCGGCCGCUCCACUCUUCCCCCAGACUCAGUGAGCUGAUGCAGCGUAACCCUUUACCGACCAUCCUGGGAUCCCCGUCCAGGGCUAUCCCUCCUUUUGAAUUCCCAAAACCGCCAAGUUCUCCAAACAUUGUGACGUUCCUGACUCAGAAGGGUUUGGUUGUUGGAUCGCCUGGCAGCAGAACUGCCCCAGGAGAGCUCAGAGACCUGGGGCAACAAGUGCCGGCGCCGUCCAACUACCCAGCCUACUGCGUCCACAGAGUGAAUGAUGAUGGCAGGAGCUUUGGAAGGUCACAAAGUGCCGGCCGUCUGUCUGACAUGCUGCUAAAGGCUGCGUUUGGAGCGGGACAUGCAGGAGAACGAGGCAGCAUGGAGAACCUGGCCUCAGAAAAAGCCAUAGACAUAACAGCUCCUCCUGGUGGUGCCUUUGCACCUGGUUCUUGCAGCCCCGCACAGGUGGUUUUCACUGUUGGCUCUCCACCAAGUGGCAGUACCCCACCUCAGACCUCCAGACACAGGAAAUGUUCAGGCUCCUUCAGUUCAGGCAGUCCUGCAGGCUCGUUGACCAGUCGCUACCCCCAAACAGGCACCUUUCCCGAAGGCUUUGAGGCCCCGCCCAGCCCUCGCUACAGUUUCACUGAUCCUAUCACAGCUAACAUGGGUGGCGCUGUGACUUUUGAGGCCCCUGAGCUGCCUGAGGAGACGUUGAUGGAGCAAGAGCACACAGAGACGGUGCAGCGUUUGCGUUUCACUUUGGAGUUUGUCCUCUGUCUGAUGGAGGUGGCUAGCACUCGCGGGGCAGUCACAGUGGGGGGACAGGGAGACAGCUCUCACCCAGCUGCCCUUCAGCAGCAGAGCCUGGUGGCAGAUCAGAUAAGCUCACUGAGCCGAGAGUGGAGUCACGCAGAACAGUUGGUGCUCUACCUUAAAACCGUAGAACUAUUGUCUACUGCCUUACACACGGCCAUGGAGCAGGUUAAACAGGGCAAACUCUACCCCUCUGCUACUGUCAAACAAGUGGUGAGGCGACUGAAUGAGCUGUACAAGUCCAGCGUGGCAUCUUGCCGCUCUCUCAGCACUCAUCUGGAACAUUUCUUCUCCAGGAAGCAUCGUCUAAUGGACCAAAUCAGCUCUAUCACAGCUGAGCGUCUGCUUUUCAGCCACACAGUGCAGAUGGUUCAGGCUGCUGCGCUGGAUGAGAUGUUCCACCAGGGUGAAGCGUCGAUCCUGCGUUACCACAAAGCUCUCCUGCUAAUGGAGGGCCUGUCUCUGCUCCUCACUGAACAGGAUGACAUCCUUAGUGUUAGCAAAUGCAAGGAGUGCAUUGAACGCCGCCUCACAGCUCUGCAGUCGGGUCUCUGUGUUUGACUUGUGAAGCCGUACAACCCUCCAUUUGCACUCUGACACAUAACUAACCAAAUCUCCACCCACAUUUCAUGGUUUCACAUAGAAAUGCUUUCGUUUUCGCAAGAAAACCACAAAGGUUAGGCAGACACUGGAGGGUUUCGCGCAUGGAAGAUCUUUCAUUUUUCAGGGUUGGUCUGUGACAGAAACAUCUCUACACUUUAGGUUGGACCAGUAUUGGACAUAGGGAGGACUCUGCCGCUGAAGAUGGAAAUGCCAAGAAAAAGAUUUGCACCUACUUACUGUUGGUCUAAUAAGAAGGAGCGGUUUUUGCCAAGUAGUCACAUUCCUUCAUAUUGUGCUUAUCUAGCAUAAGAAAACAGCUCUUUAGGAUUCAUUCUAGAUGCAGUGGGUUGAGGGGAUUAAGGCAGUAGAAGCUGCACAGCUGGUGACACGUUCUGAUAUGGACUCCCUGUGUCUAAAUAUUCCCUUAAUGUGUUUUUUGGCUUAUAUUUCUAAUUUUCUCCCAUAUUUGUUCUGUAUCUUCUCUUGAUUCUUUAAUGCUUUUUGACAGAAAGUACACAUUUGUAAAGCAUAGUGAAAUUUAAUCAGCAGAAGUACGUACAAGCAUUAUUACAAAACCACAACCAAAUUACUUUCGAAAGACUUUUGAAGUAGGUUCAGUAUCUGCCUCUGCUGUUUUGAUUAAAAAAAAAUAAAAAAUACGAAUGAAUAAGAAUUUGCUCAUUCUGUAUGCACCUAAAAUUAAAAGGCCACCCCUGCUUUUCACACUCUGAGGUUGUAAGGAAAGUAUUUUAAGUCUGUUCAUGGAAAUUGUGGCUUGCAAUAAGCACACAGAUAACCGGUCAGGUUAAUGCUCGAAACGCCCAGUUCAACCAUAACUUUAAAUGCAGACGGGGCAGAAUCUGAUCAUCUACAUCUGUCAUUACAAUCAUGUUAGCAAAAAUGUUGCAAUAAACUGGGCUGUACAGGUGCAUCUUAAUAAAUUAGAAUUACAUUAAAAAGUUCAUUUAUUUCAGUAAAAAAAAUAAUAAUAAUUUCUGUUCAUUUUGAUGAUUAUUGCUUACAGCUUUUUACAUUCUUUUAAAAGUUGCUGUUACUGUAACUGUGGUUACAGCAUGUUCUCUAUGUAGUUUAGGUCAGGUGAUUUUGCUUGCUAACCAAUGACAGUCAUUAAAUAUGGACUAUGACAAUUUCUUCCUUCUACGCUGAGCAGCUAUCUUUAAAAAUCUGCUUAUUUUGCUCACACGCCAUGGGUAAAUACGUUUAUCUUAACUAAGAUAAAUGCUUGAACAAUGUCACAUUGUACGAAAGUGUAGAAAGUAGAAGUUUAUCCAAAUUAAUUUACUGAAAUGACUUUUUAGUAACAUUCAAAUUUCUUGAGCUGCACCUAUGUUCAUCUGACGCUCGUAGGCUUUCACACUCAUUCCUGGUAUUUUCUGCAAAUAAUUUCCAGACUUUGUCACGGGGAUUUUUGCAUUUUAUCUCUCAAUCUUGUGGGUAUUCAGCGAGUCUAAUCAAAUAUGAAUGUAGGGCUGUCAGGAAAGAAGCAGCAUUAAAAUCAGGCUGAAUGUUGAAGGGGGGAGGUCAACAUUUAAGCUGAUCUUAAGGGCUGAAUGUUUUUGCACUGUUGACGUACUGUAUAAAUAGAGGAGUAUGCUAAAAGUGUGCAGUUUUUGUAGCCGUGCUCAUUUAGAGAGUUCUGCUUAUUCAUUUUAGUGUAGUUUUAGUUGCUUUUGCAUUUACCGUCAUAAAUUGUGUAUGUUUAGAUGUUAAAGAGUGUUGAGGAGGAAGUUCUAUAAGCUAGUUUUCUAGAAGAGGAAAGAAAAAAAUUCACACUGAAAAAAAUGUUGCAGUUCUUGUUUUGUGCUUUAUUUUAACAGUUAUUGUUUGGUUUGGGUUUUUUAAGGCUUUAAGGCGUUUUCUGCUUGCUUUAUUAAUUUUAAUUGUGGCUGUUUCACAUGUUCCCCAAAAGAUUUUUUUUUUACUCUUCUAUAUUAGAUCGACUGAUUUAGGUUAGGUUUAAAUCCGACAUUAGUUGUUUUUUUUUAUGGUCUGUGUGCAUGCAAGUGUGAACUGGUAAGCCUGAUAUUUGACACGGUAACGUCAGAGGGACACGUUAAGCGCAGAACUUGCUGCAUAGAUGUGCUCUUGUGAGAUGCAGAACAUGUUACUCUGAUGUAAUUGACAUUGAAACCCACCACUACCUUAUCCCUCUGCUGCUCAAGUCAGAAAUUGAGUCCAUAUUUUAUAUAAUGUUUGCGUGCGAUUUUGGCUCAAGAGGCUGUACUAAGACGCCUUUUUAGCGGUGCAAUUGGCAGGACAAACUGGAGAGAUAAUUUACCUGAACAGAGAUUUUCUGUGUUUACUUUGUUGCCUUUCAUGUUGUGUCCUAAAUGAUGUCUUUGUCUCUAAAUAUACAUUCCUAAUGUUAAUUAAUUAAUUCCUCCGCAGGCGUAUUGUCACUACUCUUGCUGUGCUGACCUCCAAGGAAUCAGAUGACAGAAAAAACUGAUGCAUGUGUCACUUUUUAUUGUUCCAUACAAUCUUUAUUCUGAUUAGUGAAAGCAAUGCCCUUUGAUUAUAACCAUCCUGUCAAUUUUAUUCCAAUUUGUAUCUUUUUCAUAUUUCUAACAUACCAGGAUGUUUCCGUUUUAUGUUUCUCAUGACUAAUUCUAUGUUGCCUUUUAUAUGUCGUGAAUUAAGUUAUUGUAUAUUCAACGCUGGGGAGACAAUGGGCCACCCGAACAUUCCCAAAGACUAUUAAGCUUUUUGAUUGAUCUUCCACAUUCUCUCUCUUGCUGUUGCAAAAGCAGUUUUAAUGUUUUCAUAUCCAUAAUAGACGCACUAUCUUCUGUACCCCUGCUGGUAAUGUAAUCUUUACUGUUUGGGGAGCUUCGUCAUGAAUAAAGUGAAAGGACAUUUCUUCA